AUGGAGUUGUCGGCUCCUGCGCAGGGUGCACUCGCUCUUGCCCUUGUUGAGCCUACUACCAUGCUUGUGGAGCGGGUUAUCGCUGUGGUUAUCUCCGCUUCAGGAGAUGCAUCUGAGCGUGGCGAGUCUGUUCUUUCUGCCAGCGUGGAUGCCGAGAUGUCUGAGCAGGUGCCCAUGGAGGCGGCGAUGGACAAGGCUGCAAAGCAAGUGCCCGCGGAGGAUGCGACAAAUGAGGCUACAGUGCUGGACGGGACGGAGGUCGUGGCGACCGCUUAG